AUGGCCGUCGUAACUAGCAACGGGAAGCGCCGCCAUCAUUUGCUCUCCGCGAAUCACCUCUCUCCAUCUCCCAAUUCCAAAAGGCUCAGAGUUUCAACAACGUCCCAAAAUCACGUGCAGUCCUUGUUAUCCUCGAAUAGUAUCGUUUCCAGAAUUUCUAAGUAUCCUGAAGUCAAGCCACCCCUGCGAAGGGAGGUUCAUGCCCCGUGUAGACCUCCUAAGUUUGCUUUUCCGACCUUUAAUAGAAUGGAAUCGAGCUUCAAUGCUAGUAGUAGUUAUUAUAAUAGAAAGGAAGAGGUUGUUAACAACACGGGCAACAUGCUAAAUGAAAAGUAUCAAAGGGCGAGAAGUUCUGCGUUGGAUAGCCUUUUGUUUAGGGAAAAGACGUUGUAUAGCAUUAGGUUUGGGGAAAAGGGUAAGGAGGUGAUAGAAGUGGAUGAUGAUAGUCCCAAGGGUAUGGUUUCCGAAGAUUCGGGUGUGGAGGAGGUUCGUUUUGGGGAAGAUGGACGAGAAGCGCGGUCUGUAGUGACGGAGAACCAGUGGCAAAGAGUGACGGAGAACAAGUGGCAAGAGAGUGCUUUGGUUGUGACUGAGGUCAAGGAUUUGGACACUAAGGAUGUGCGUGGUGGCCCUCAGCAGCAGUCAACUUCAUCUGUGAUUUCUGAGUUGACUAACGGAGAUUUGAAUGUUGUGAAUGCUGUGAAGAUGUUGGAUACUCUGUCCUUAACUCCGGAGCAUGAUCUUUCUAGUGUUCAUGCCUACAAGAAGUUGCUUGAGGCUGUUGAGAAGCGCUCGGAUACCAUUAAGAGGCUGUCGGCUGAAAUUAAGCUUAGUGAGAAGCGGAGGUUCACAUUUGAACUGUUGCGCCCCAAGAAGGAACUAGUAGAGGAAGUACCAUUGGAACCUUUUAUUCCUCUUACUGAAGAGGAAGAAGUUGAGGUUGCACGUGCCUUUACUGUCAACAGGAGAAAGAUCUUGGUUGCCCAUGAGAAAUCUUGCAUUGAGGUGUCAGGAGAAAAAUUUCAAUGCCUUAGACCUGGUGCAUGGUUAAAUGAUGAGGUUACCCAGUUUGCUUAUUUGAUCCUAACCUUACCUUUGCAGUUAAUAUGUGGCAAGAGUGGUUAUGAUUUCAAAUCUGUGAGGAGAUGGACCAGCCAAAAGAAAUUGGGAUAUGGCCUGCAUGAAUGUGAUAAAAUAUUUAUACCUAUCCAUAAAGAGAUCCAUUGGUGCUUAGCUGUUAUCAAUAAGAAAGAUAAGAAAUUUCAGUAUUUGGACUCACUUAGAGGAACAGAUAACCAAGUGAUGAAAGUUCUGGCUAGGUAUAUUGUAGAUGAAGUAAAGGACAAGUCUGGAAAAGAUAUUGAUGUAAGUUCUUGGGAAAAAGAAUUUGUUGAAGAUCUUCCUGAGCAGCAGAAUGGGUAUGAUUGCGGGGUGUUUAUGAUCAAAUACGCUGACUUCUAUAGCAGAAACUUGGGACUGUGUUUCAACCAGAUUGUGGACUGGACUGAUUAUACACGUCGUCCUGAUAUCCAGAGCCCUCGUAUCAGGAGAAUUGAGAGCAGUGAAGAGAACGGGGUAUUAAUGUGGCUUUUAUUAUUACUUCGAUUUUAUGUGAAGCAAUGUUAUGCAGCAUUUUAG